UGACGCAACUUCCGCCUCAGGUCCUCCUUGGCUACCGUAGUCGGCUGGCUGUUCGGCUGGGGGUUCCCGGAAGUGUCUUGAGCAGACGGUUUCCGAUGCUGGUGGGGAAAAUGGCGGUGGCUACAGUGUUCUCUACUUCGACGCGGAUGCUUGUCCUGUCAAGGCACAGCCGGUUGUCUCCUUUGCUCAGGGGGACAUCAUUCAAACGCUUCUACAGAGGUGACAGCCCAACAGAUUCCCAAAAGGACAUGAUUGAAAUCCCUUUGCCUCCGUGGCAGGAGAGAACUGAUGAAUCCAUAGAAACCAAAAGAGCCCGCCUGCUCUAUGAGAGCAGAAAGAGGGGAAUGUUGGAAAACUGCAUUCUCCUUAGUCUUUUUGCUAAAGAACAUCUGCAGCACAUGACGGAGAAGGAGCUGAACCUCUAUGACCGCCUGAUUAAUGAGCCUAGUAAUGACUGGGAUAUUUACUACUGGGCCACAGAAGUCCAGAGGAAGGCAUACUCCAGAGCUCCUAGAGAGGCUUCAAAAAGUCAUGGGGCCAGGUUCCUCCUGACUUGCUGCUCUUUUAUCCUAGCAUGUGUUAUCCACUCCAUGAUCCAGGAUAGCUGCUGGGGCUGUCCUGAUCAUAUUGCAGCCAGGAAAAUAGUGUGUGGAAGCACAUACUCCUUCUUUGUAGAUCCCUCUCAGGAAACUAUGUAUCAUUCUUCCAGUUUUCUACUGGCCACAGCUUAGUUACAUGGCUACAUCUAGCCAUAAGGAAAAAUAAUAUAGUCCAUUCCAUCUGCCCAGCUAUCUUGGAGAUUCUGUUAUAGCAAAAAUUGGAUAUUAAGGGAUAUGUCAUUCAUUUCUGCCGCAUUCUGGGUCUCCUCUUUUUAUGUCUCCACUUAGUAUUUAUAUCAGAAAGGAGCAGCCAUUGUCUGUGGAUUCCAGGUAUGAAGAGAGAAGACAGCGUCAGGAGGCUUAUACAAUCACUGGAAAUCUGACAAAGUCCAAAUAUUUACUUUCCAACCCUUUACAAAACAAGUUUGCCCCAACUUAGUAUAAUGCAUUUGAGAUUCAUAUCCCUGUUGUUGCUUGUAUCAAUAGUUGAUUCUUUUGUGGUGUUGAGUAAUAUUCCAUCGUGUGGGUAUACCACAGUCUGUUCAUCUGUUGACCAAUUGAGGGACAUUACGACUGUUUCCAGCUUUAGGUGAUUAUGAGUGAAGCCCCUGUAAACAUUUGCAUGCAGAAUUUGUGAACAUAGGUUUUAAUUUUCUUCAGUGAAUCCUCAGGAGAAGGAUUUGCUAGGUCAUGUGGUAAGUGUAUAUGUUUAACUUUAUGAUAAUGCUGAGCG